GCAGCUGUGAACUGCCCUUGUAUACAAGGGGCUGGCUCCCCAGAGCAUGGAAAGAAUUGUGCAGCUGAGAAAGCAGCUCCCGGUGGGAGGAAGGCAGGGGGGUUGACUGACACAGGGGAGGGCUGGCUUUUUGGAGGGCUCUUAGCAACGGCCCUAGUUUGCCCCUCCCCAGCCAUGAGAAAAUCAAAUCCCUGUGCCGUUCUUCUAGGCACACUGUAGCAGCGGCAGCUGAACGUCAGGGUAGCUUCCUCCCCGCCUGUUAAUUACGUGCUCUUUCCAAUCCCACAGUCCCUGCCCUUGGAAAGUGCUGCUGGGGCGGGGGGAGAAGAAGACGACCACCACCCCUCCUCCGUGCCGCCUGGGGGUUCGGGCUGGAUUGUGAAACCCCAUUGGCUUCAUUGGCUCCUUGAUUUAAACCACGCCCGGCUUUCUGCCCGCUUUGCCGCUGCGGGGCCAGGCCGCCCAGCCACAUCCCAGCCCCGCGUGCAGGGAGCUCGGGGCUGCUGCUGCUAUUGUGUGGAUGCCGCGCGUGUCCUCUCUUCUUUCCAGAGAUGGCUAACAGGGGCCCGAGCUACGGCUUAAGCCGAGAGGUGCAGGAGAAGAUCGAGCAGAAGUAUGAUGCAGACCUGGAGAACAAGCUGGUGGACUGGAUCGUCCUGCAGUGCGCCGAGGACAUAGAGCACCCGCCCCCCGGCAGGGCCCAUUUUCAGAAAUGGCUAAUGGACGGGACGGUCCUGUGCAAAUUGAUAAACAGUUUAUACCCCCCAGGACAAGAGCCCAUUCCCAAGAUCUCAGAGUCAAAGAUGGCUUUUAAGCAGAUGGAACAAAUCUCCCAGUUCCUAAAAGCUGCGGAGAUCUACGGCGUCAGGACCACUGACAUUUUUCAGACGGUGGAUCUCUGGGAAGGGAAGGACAUGGCAGCCGUGCAGAGGACCCUGAUGGCUCUAGGCAGUGUUGCAGUCACCAAGGAUGAUGGUUGUUAUCGGGGAGAGCCAUCCUGGUUUCACAGGAAAGCCCAGCAGAAUCGGAGAGGAUUUUCCGAGGAGCAGCUUCGCCAGGGACAGAGUGUGAUAGGCCUGCAGAUGGGUAGCAACAAGGGCGCCUCCCAGGCAGGCAUGACCGGGUAUGGGACGCCCAGGCAGAUCAUGUAAGGCACCGCAUCCCUCCCCAGCAAGAGAGGACAAGUGUUCCACACCAUGGUCUCUAUGAAAAAUAAAUAGUUAGUCACCUCUGACCUUCUCUUUCUCAAAGCCUCCUGUCCCUGGUUUUUGCAAGUGCUGCAUUUCUGCUGAGAAUCCACGUUGCCUACGCUGCCACCUUCUGUUCAUUUAGAACUAUGCAAAGACUCCGCUUUCCUCUUCCUGAGCUCCUUCUGCCCUAAAGUCUCCGUUUGUGUGAUUAUUUAUUUAUUUAUUUGCCAAAAAUCCCCCUCCUUAACUUAUAGAAUGCACCUAAUAAACAAAUUAGUCUUGUGUCUUAAA